AUGCAGGCCGAACCCAACAAUCCCUCCCGCCGCCGGCCUCGCCUUUCCUCGUCGUCCUCCUCCGCCGCCGCCACCGCCGCUAAGCGCCCCAGGUUUGCUACAGACUCGUCGCCCCCACCGCCGUCCAGCAUGGCCAGCGCGCGGGCGAGGGGCAAGAUGCCCGAGACGGCCAUCGACCUUACCGGCUCCGGCCCCGGCUCUCCCGCUGCGCCUACCGCCGCCGCCGCGCCACCGCAGGCGAGGCCCAUGGGCUCGGCCUUCCAGCCCUACAGCGGCGCCAAGAAGCUCGUCAUCAAGAAUCUCCGCGCGUCGACCAAGAGUGACGCCGCCCACGCCGACGAGUACUACGCGCGGACCGAGCGGGAGCUGCAGGCGGCCAUAGAUGCCAUCUUGGCGGGCCAGCGACCCGCCGUGCCCCUCGAGAGACUGUAUCGCGGCGUCGAGGACUUGUGCCGGAGGGGCCAUGCCGCCAAGAUCUGCGCCACGCUCACGACCCGCGUUGAUCAUCACCUCCAGGACGUGGUGUUGCCCAAGAUAAAGCGGGCGGGAGCCGGCUCGGAUAUGGAUACGCUAAGGAGCAUGCUGGCCGAGUGGAAGACGUGGAAUGCUCAGGCGGUCACUCUCCGGUCGACGUUUAGUUUUCUCGAUCGGACAUAUCUAUUGCGCGAGUCUCUACCCUCCAUCAACGACAUGACUAUCGCCUACUUUCGAAGGAUGGCGUUUGCACAGGCAGGGCCCCUCGCAGAUCGCCUGCCCGGUAAGCGAGCAGUGGCGGGCAUCUGCGAGAUGGUAGAGUACGACCGCCGGAGCGACGAGCGAAUGGAUGGCAACCUUCUCAAGGACUCAAUACGGAUGCUUUACGUCCUCGGCGUCUAUGUUAAGCACUUUGAGCCGUUGUUCCUGAAGCAGUCGGAUGCAUAUUUCAAAGAAUUUGGCGAGUCCUGGAGUGGUGCCAGCCUCAAGGAGUAUGUCAAGGCAUGUGAGACGUUGUUGCAGAAGGAGGAUUACCGAUGCAUCGCCUACAACCUGGAGAGCACCACCGAGAAGCAGCUGAUGGAUUCGGCCCACCAGAUCCUCAUCGACCAGUACUCGGACAAGCUGUUGAAUGGGGGCAGCCUGGCGCACCUGUUAUCGGAGAAGGAUUUUAAAUCCAUGAAGGGCGUAUACCAGCUACUGCGGUUGUCAGGCAUACAAAAGAAGCUUAAGGGGCCAUGGGGCGACUAUAUUCGAUCAACAGGCGCGUCCAUCGUCUCAGACAAGGAGCGUGGCGACCAGAUGGUGUUGCGGCUGCUUGAGCUUCGACGCUCACUAGACCUGAUGAUCCGCGACGCCUUUGACCAGGACGAGGUCUUCUUGUGGGGAAUGCGCGAGGCGUUUGGCAAGUUCAUGAACGACCGGGUGACAGCCGCCUGCUGGGACUCGGGGACGUCCAAGAUUGGCGAAAUGAUCGCCAAAUACAUUGACAUGCUGUUGCGGGGCGGUCUCAAGGCGCUGCCCAAGGAUCUCUUGUCCGACGUCAAGGACCGGGCCGUUGCUGAGAAGUUGGGCCAGGCAAGCAGCGCCGACGAAGACGCAGAGCUCGACCGACAGCUGGAUCAGGCGCUAGAGCUUUUCAGAUUCAUCGAGGGCAAGGACGCGUUUGAGGCCUUCUACAAGAAGGACCUUGCCAGGCGGCUGCUCAUGGGCCGAAGCGCGAGCCAGGACGCGGAGCGCAACAUGCUCACGAAGCUGCGCAGCGAGUGUGGCUCCAACUUCACGCACAACCUGGAGCAGAUGUUCAAGGAUCAGGAGCUGGCCAAGGAUGAGAUGGAGGGCUAUAAUCAAUGGAUGGACGCCAACCUGGAGCGAAAGGCCCGCGUAGAUCUCUCCGUCAUGAUCCUCUCCGCUGCGGCGUGGCCGACAUACCCAGACGUGCGGCUUAACCUUCCCGACGCCGUCGCCACGGAGAUUGAGCGGUUCGACGGACAUUACAAAAACAAGCACACGGGCCGCAUCCUGACGUGGAAGCAUUCUCUGGCACACUGCUCGAUCAAGGCGUCGUUCCCCAAGGGAUCCAAGGAGCUUCUCGUAUCCGCCUACCAGGCCGUCGUGCUGAUGCUCUUCAACGACGUGUCCGAGGACGAGGGCUUCCUCACGUACGAUCAGAUAUCGGCGGCGACGGGCUUGCAGGGCGGGGACCUGGAGCGCACGCUGCAGUCGCUGGCAUGCGGCAAGGCGCGGGUGCUGUUGAAGCACCCCAAGGGCCGGGACGUCAGCUCGACCGAUACAUUCACCUUCAACAAGACAUUCUCGGACCCCAAGUACCGCGUCAAGAUCAAUCAGAUCCAGCUUAAGGAGACCAAGGAGGAGAACAAGGCGACUCACGAAAGGAUCGCGCAGGAUCGUCGGUUCGAGACGCAGGCGGCCAUUGUGCGCAUUAUGAAGAGCCGCAAGACCAUGGGCCACGCGGAGCUUGUGGCAGAGGUGAUCAAUCUGACGAAGAAGCGAGGCAGCGUUGAGCCCGCAGCGAUCAAGAAGGAGAUUGAAAGCCUUAUCGAGAAGGAUUAUAUUGAGCGCGAGGACAACGCCUACACAUACCUGGCGUGA